GAGGGUAUCCACCCAGCCGACCAGGCUUAUGUGAGCCGCCGUCCACAUUUCAUAAAUAAUAAGCACCGCGCAAGUCGGCGGCAGGUUCCCAAACUUUUGGUGGACCUGGGUCCGUCUCUUGAAUCAAGGUUACCGCAGGAGUAAGACAACUCUACAGUAGCAGGGCAGUAGUAGUAGAGAAGAUUUCAAUCUGGUAAUGCAGAGACUAAACAUGAGAAGACAUGGGUCUUUAAAAUGCGGAGAAAAGUCAGAAGACAGACAAAAGAUCAUCAUUUUUGUUAUUGAAUCAUAAGAUUCAUGGAGUAGUUUUCUAGUAUGGCACGUACAGCUGUAAUGUCUUUAAAGGAUUCUAUGCCAAAUCUUACCUCUUCCCAAGCAUCUGAGCUAGUAAGCCAGAUUUUUGGACUGAUUGUGUCAGAGGUCAAACCUCUGCCUAGCUAUGAUGACCAAAACUUCUACGUGAGAGUGAGUGAUGGAGUGGAGUAUGUUCUGAAGAUCCUGAACUCUACAGACAGCGAGAACCUAACCUUGGUGGAGAUGCAGACAUACAUCAUGGCAUUUUUGCAUCAGCACGGACUCCCUGUUCAGACCGCCAUUCCCACUUGCACUGGACAGCUCAUGAGCCUUCAGACAAUUGACUGUGGCUCAGGCAGUAAAAGGUACCUGGUGAGACUGAUGACCUACUUGCCUGGUAAAACUGUUGCCAAAAUCUCCAGCUCCCCAGAAAUCCUUUAUGAAAUUGGGAAAAUGGCUGCAACAAUGGAUGAAGUCCUCCAGAAGAUUGACCACCCAAACAGAUCGGUACUGGAGAGGAAAAACUUCAUUUGGAAUCUCUCCAGUACACCUCUGCUGGAGUCAUAUCUUCAUGUGAUGGAUGGAGACCCCAUGCAGCAGCUUUUGAAAGACGUUAUUCAGCAGUACAAGAGUCAUGUUUUGCCAAACCUGGACUCGUUCCGGAAGUGUAUAAACCAUGGAGAUUUCAAUGAUCACAACAUCUUAGUGGAGCAUGAUGGUCUAGCUGGGUAUAAGAUCUCUGGCAUCCUUGACUUUGGAGAUAUGAGCAGUGGAUACUAUGUAUUUGAGCUGGCCAUUACUAUUAUGUACAUGAUGAUUGAGAGCGCCAAUGCAAUAGAUGUUGGUGGACCAGUGCUGGCAGGCUGGGAGAGUGUCUUUCCUCUAAAUGAAGCAGAGCGCAAUGCCCUUUAUUUUCUGGUGCUCUGCCGCUUCUGCCAGUCUCUGGUUUUGGCUCGUCGUGCUAUUACCCUUUACCCUGAGAAUGAAGAGUAUCUGAUGACCACAGCACGGACCGGGGUCCGUCAUUUACAACAACUCUGGGAGCUGGGAAAGGAGCAGGUGGAGAGGCGGUGGUUUGAUGGUGCCAAGGAGUAUUUGAAAACACAUCCUGGUACAGUUCCCCUGAAAGGAAUUACAUUCCUGUAAUAUUGUUCUGUUUUUACUGGAUUCUGUUUUGUACGGUUAUGAAAGAUAGACUUUUAGCCCUUUGAAAUUAUGUGGAUUUCUACAUGAAUGGUAUGUAAAAUGUGGCCUAGUCUUUGUCUAAGUCAUAGUAAUAGAUGCAAGCAGUCUGAUGAAUGUUGGCAUUCAAAAAAUGUCAACAUUUUUGGACCUGUUAUUCAAGGUCAGGCAUGAAAAAUGUAUAUGAAGGUGUAUGAAGGAGGGUAAUUGGAGUAAGUUAAGAUUGUGUUCUGAUGUGUAUUUUGGGGUGCCCACAGUUUUAGUUACCUGCUGUUCAGAAUAGAAAUUUGUUGAAGCACAGCGUAGCUUGAUCUAAAGAAUUUUCAGAAGAACUUAGAUGAAGAGUUGUUAAAGCUUGUAAAACUGCAAAGGGAAGUCCAUCAUUCCACAGUCAGGCAGUUCACAAAUAGGAGUUUAUUACCUUUGCUACUCUCCCUAGGAGUAGGCAUCCUACGAAAGUCACUGCAAAUGCACCUCAUACAAGGCUAGAGCAGACAAAGGACCCUAGAGUGACAGUUGAUAUGAUCUGGAGGCAUCUCUUGCAACUGACACUUUUCUCCAAAGCAACUUACAGUUAUUUACCCAUUUUUACAGGUGGGUAUUUUAUUUUUAUUGGCUCAGUCGUUAGGGUAAGUACCUUUUAUACUAAAACUGGAGGGGGGACCCCGCAACCUGCUACCAGCUAUUCAAUGUCUCUGCCCAUCUAUUCAUGUUAAGAAGAACACCAAAUAAAACUAGUGUACCUUGGAGGUUGCAGUGCUAGAAACUACAACACUCCAGAAAUGUUGCUGUCUGUCUCAAGUUUGCUAAAGACCACACCAAUGUUCCACAGUACUACUGGAACAAUGUUUUGUGCACAGAUGAGGCAAGAGUUGAAAAAUGUUCAGAGUGUGAAAUUUGCAGAGGGAAAACAUUACAUUACCACCACCAAAACCUUACAGUAAUUGUGAAUCAUUGUGGAAGGAGAGUUAUAGUGUGGGGCUGCUUUGCUGCCUCAGGGCCUGAAUUCCUUACAGUCGUUGCGGGAAUAAUGCAUUUGAAGCUGUUCCAGGAAAUUCCAUGGGACAAUAUCAGGACACCUGUCUGGGAUCUGAAGUUAAAAAGAAGCUGGCUCAUGCAGCAUGAUAGCAGCCCCAAAUGCAAGAAUAAAUCAAUGAUAGAUCUAAACCAGAAGAAUUUCUUAUUCAUAAUUAAUCCUGUUGAAAUACUGUGGUAUGAUCAGACACAAGUUGUUCGUGCAAUACACUCGAAACUAUAAAUGCGCUGAAACAGCUGUGCAAUGUAGAGUGAGCAAAAAUACUAUUAGAAAGCAUUUUGCGCUUUCUUCUUUGUAGCUUUGCAGAGAGGUUUAUUUGGUUGCCACUAAAAAGAUUACACCUCCAAAUCUGAGGGAUGACCUUUUUUCCAUCUCUGACGUGCAAUAUUUCAUAUGUUUAAUGUAAAUAUGAAAGUAUUGAUUUAAUUUGUUCUGUCAGCAUGUCUUUAUUAUUAUGCCUUAGAUCAUGUUUUACAAACCAUUCAUGCAGAAAUCCAGAUAAUUCUAAACGGGCUUUUCUUAAAACUACAUAUUUGAGAUUAAGGCUUUGAUUUAAAAAAAAUUUUAGUUUCAGUGUAAAAAGUCAUUGAAAAAUUCUGCCGCACCAUGCUCUGAUCACUACAAUAUCAGCUGUCCCCCUCAUACACUGUUGUUGAUAUGAAAUUAUCAGCAGUAAUAGUUGUGGACAAUUGAUUAAUAAUUAUGAGUCUUAUGGACUGUAAACUUGAAAGUUGCUAUGGGUCCGGCACACCCGCUCCGGGGAAACACCGUGACACAAGUGCUGAGCACAGGCAGGUUGUUCAAGGGGCAAUACAGAAGACAUGGUUGAGGAGACAGGCAAGAGAAACCGAUGUGCGAACGUAGUCCGAAGGGAGAAUCCGAGUAACGUAAUCCAGAAGACAGGCAAGGAGUCGUGGCAAACCAGGAAGUCGAGUACGAGGAGCAGGGCGAGGAGCAAUUACUAGGAGAGCGGGUGAGUAACGAGGCUGAACAAGGUUCCGCAGCUUCCUAUGGUCCGGGCUGCCCUUUUAUGUUACCGAGUUGGCGGGCAUGACACUAUGAAAUUAAAUUCACCCAUGAAAUAGAGAUUUGUGGCCCAGGGAGCUACAGUAUGCACAUAAAACAAAUUUCAGAUAUAUGUACAAUUGUACCUAGUGUUCUGAAAACCCAAGUAACAAAUUUUGAACUGUUUCAUGUUUGUUUUAAAGUGCAUUUAUUCUCAUUUUCUUAUUUUCUAAAAUGUCUCUAGGCACAGUGAAAAUGUUCUGUUUCUGCUUUCCACCAUUGGGUAACAGCAAGACACUCAGAAACCCAGAUUUAUCCAUCAUUUCCAUUUAUUCUUGAUAUAUCAGACUUUUACUGAAACUACUCAGCCAGCUUUGUUUCAUAAAGAAAAAUGUGUUAUUAAAUACUGAAUAUCUUAAGUAUUGCAGCUCAUUACUGAAUUUGCAAAAAAAAAAUAUAUUUUUUCCAUCAAUGACCUGGAUCGUUUAAACAAUUCAGUGUUCCAAUAAAAAUAUGCCAAUGUAAAGUAUUAUGUGCUUUGUUAAAUAAGAAUGUAUUUAUUUUUCUGACUUAGACUGACAUUAGAUAACAUUUUAAACUCAUUCAUGCUGAAAUUUAGGUAAUCCCACAAAUGUGGAACCUUUUCCUCACAAAUGGAGCUGAUAAGCUUUUGCCUGAGAUCUGGUACUUUUGGGUCACUAGAUGGAGACUUCAUCCCACAAGCAAGCCACACAGAAAAAAUGCUGGGAAAAUCAUUUUAUUAAAACAGAAUCACUCAGUAGUCUUGGAUUACUGGAUUCUGAGUAUUGGUGUAGUUUUUUUUUUCUAUUAAAUGUCAUAAAUUUAUUUACUGACAAUUAAAAUGUUAACAUUUUACAAAAAUUUCCAAAUUUAAAGU